AUGGUGGCGGUUCUGUGUUGUGUGAAGUCACUUCCUCUAAAAGGCUCGACAUAAGUGCAGCUAAAGUCCGUCCUGGUGAUUAAAAGCAGUGAAAGCAGCUUCCUGUACUGCUGUGACUACUACACUUUCAUCUUAUAUGUGAGGCUGGAUGUUAGCAAACAGAGCUUAGCUCAGGCGUUUUUCCAUAAACAACAGGAGGAUGGCGGAGCAGGAGGGUGAUGUUCCUGAUGUCAGAGAAGAGCUGGACAGUUCUGAAGAUGAAGAAGAGGGUGAUGAAGAGCGAGAUUUUAGGUGGCAGGAGCAGAGAGAGGUGGACUGGUUUGGGGAUGAGGAGGCUGAUUUAGAGCCCGUCUCCGACAUGCCAGCAGAACGCAGUGGUCACGUCACAGUGGUGGACAGUGACUGUAUGUAUGUUUGGGGAGGUUAUAAGAGAGCUGAUGCACAUUGGCUUGGUGAUUUGUACUUACCAUGCAAUGAAAUCUGGAUCUACAACAUGGAAACUGAAAGAUGGACAAGGAAGCUGGCAGAAGGAGAUCUGCCCAACCCCAUGUCUGGCAGCUGUGGUACAUGUGUGGAUGGCAUCCUGUAUCUCUUUGGAGGCCACUGUGCGAGAGGAGAUACUAAUUCAGUUUAUCAUCUGCCUCUGAGGGCUUCUCAUUUCCACUGGGAGAGGAUGAAGGACCUUAAGGGUUUGGCUCCCACAUGUAAAGACAAACUAGGCUGUUGGGUGUACAUGGACAGGAUUGUGUAUUUUGGAGGCUACGGCUGUGAGGAAGAAGCAGAUCAUCAGGGAAUGUUUGUACUGGAUGGAAAUUCAUUGACGGGAAACCAGCAAAGACGAGGCUGGAACAACCACAUUCACAUUCUUAACCUGGAAACAUCAACCUGGAGUCAACCCAUAACUACGGGAAAUGCUCCCACACCACGUGCAGCCCACGCUUGUGCUACUAUUGGAAACAGAGGUUAUGUUUUUGGAGGCCGAUAUUUGGGUCAUAGGCUAAAUGAUCUGUACUAUAUUAAUAUGGACACCUGGGAAUGGACUGAAAUGUCGAUGCCUGAGUGCAGUCCGAUUGGCCGCUCGUGGCACUCUUUCAUACCCAUUUCAUCAGACCAGAUCUUCCUGUUUGGUGGCUUUACUACUAAUCAGGAAACACUCAGUGAUGCCUGGAUAUACUGCGUGUCUACAAACCAGUGGAAAACGUUUAAACACCAGCACAAAAAAAGUCCCAGACUUUGGCACACAGCAUGCACAGGUCCAGAUGGAAACGUGUUUGUAUUUGGAGGCUGCGCUAAUAAUCUUCUCUCAUCUCAGCAAGCUUUCCACAGCAAUAAUGUUCUCAUUUUCACAGUUCAGCCAAAGUCCCUGCUCAGAUGCUGCACAGAGGUUGUUCUGCAGAAAAAACAUCAGCUUGAGAGCAUGUUUGAUUGCUUGCCCAGGCAUCUUCUACACAGCCUUCAACAGAGACGUGGUUCAACCAACACUGAAGGGUCCUAAACUCUCUGUGUGUGUGUGUGUGUGUGUGUGUGUGUGUGCGCGCGCAUUGAGAAAAAGCUGCAGUUGCUGUAUGGAGGCAUCAGACUUUGAGUUUAGUUCAAAUCACAGUUUCACCAUGCUGCCCUGACUGGGCCCUUGAGCAAGGCCCCUGACCCUCACGUGUAUAAAUUAGAACUGUCUCUAGACUCUUUGGAUUCUGCCAAAAUGCCAUAAAUGCAAAAUGUAAGCUGGUACGGUUUAGAUGCUGCUAAAUAGCGAGCUGUGAUCUCCAGUUCCUCUGCUGAUUUGUGUUCACUGUAAACUCUGUUUCCUUCUUAUUAACCACGUAAAUCCUUACGUUUUUGCUUUAAAUACCAGGGAUGUGCAUCACUUUAACUCAGUUAUCAUCCUUUAUUACCAUCCAUUAAAAACCUGCAUGUAACA